CCCGGGCCCGGGCCCGCGUCGGGCGCCUGGCUCUGUACGCGAGCCCGGGGAUCUGCGGCCUCCGCGGCUCCCCUCCCUCGCCCGCCCUCUCGUGGAGCUCGGCGCCGGCGGCGGCUGCCCGGGCGGGGGGUUGCGGCGCUCAGGAGAGGCCCCGGCUCCGCCCCGGGCCUGCCCAGGGGGAGAGCGGAGCGGCCCGCAGCCGGGUCGGGUCGGGGCCCCUCCCUGGAGGAGCGUGGAGCGGCGGCGGCGGCGGCGGCGGCAGUAGAAAUGAUGGAAGAAUUGCAUAGCCUGGACCCACGACGGCAGGAAUUAUUAGAGGCCAGGUUUACUGGAGUUGGUGUUAGUAAGGGGCCACUCAAUAGUGAGUCUUCCAACCAGAGCUUGUGCAGUGUGGGGUCCUUGAGUGAUAAAGAAGUAGAGACUCCUGAGAAAAAGCAGAAUGACCAGCGAAAUCGGAAACGAAAAGCUGAACCAUAUGAAACUAGCCAAGGGAAAGGCACUCCUAGGGGACAUAAAAUUAGUGAUUACUUUGAGUUUGCUGGGGGAAGCGGGCCAGGAACCAGCCCUGGCAGAAGUGUUCCACCAGUUGCACGAUCCUCACCGCAACAUUCCUUAUCCAAUCCCUUACCGCGGCGAGUAGAGCAGCCCCUUUAUGGUUUAGAUGGCAGUGCUGCAAAGGAGGCAUCAGAGGAGCAGUCUGCUCUGCCAACCCUCAUGUCAGUGAUGCUAGCAAAGCCUCGGCUUGACACGGAGCAGCUGGCGCAAAGGGGAGCUGGCCUCUGCUUCACUUUUGUUUCAGCUCAACAAAACAGUCCCUCUUCUACGGGAUCUGGCAACACAGAGCAUUCCUGCAGCUCCCAAAAACAGAUCUCCAUCCAGCACAGACAGACCCAGUCUGACCUCACAAUAGAAAAAAUUUCUGCACUAGAAAACAGUAAGAAUUCUGACUUAGAGAAGAAGGAGGGAAGAAUAGAUGAUUUAUUAAGAGCCAACUGUGAUUUGAGACGGCAGAUUGAUGAACAGCAAAAGAUGCUAGAGAAAUACAAGGAACGAUUAAAUAGAUGUGUGACAAUGAGCAAGAAACUCCUUAUAGAAAAGUCAAAACAAGAGAAGAUGGCAUGUAGAGAUAAGAGCAUGCAAGACCGCUUGAGAUUGGGCCAUUUUACUACUGUCCGACAUGGGGCCUCUUUUACGGAACAAUGGACAGAUGGUUAUGCUUUCCAGAACCUUAUCAAGCAACAGGAAAGGAUAAAUUCACAGAGGGAGGAGAUAGAAAGACAACGGAAAAUGUUAGCAAAGCGGAAACCUCCUGCCAUGGGUCAGGCCCCUCCAGCAACCAAUGAGCAGAAACAGCGGAAAAGCAAGACCAAUGGAGCUGAAAAUGAAACGUUAACAUUAGCAGAAUACCAUGAACAAGAAGAAAUUUUCAAACUCAGAUUAGGUCAUCUUAAAAAGGAGGAAGCAGAGAUCCAGGCAGAGCUGGAGAGGCUAGAAAGGGUUAGAAAUCUACAUAUCAGGGAACUAAAAAGGAUACAUAAUGAAGAUAAUUCACAAUUUAAAGAUCAUCCAACACUAAAUGACAGAUAUUUGUUGUUACAUCUUUUGGGUAGAGGAGGUUUCAGUGAAGUUUACAAGGCAUUUGAUCUAACAGAGCAAAGAUAUGUAGCUGUGAAAAUUCACCAGUUAAAUAAAAACUGGAGAGAUGAGAAAAAGGAGAAUUACCACAAACAUGCAUGUAGGGAAUACCGGAUUCACAAAGAACUGGAUCAUCCCAGAAUAGUUAAGCUGUAUGAUUACUUUUCACUGGAUACUGACUCGUUUUGUACAGUAUUAGAAUACUGUGAGGGAAAUGAUCUGGACUUCUACCUGAAACAGCACAAAUUAAUGUCGGAGAAAGAGGCCCGAUCCAUUAUCAUGCAGAUUGUGAAUGCUUUAAAGUACUUAAAUGAAAUAAAACCUCCCAUCAUACACUAUGACCUCAAACCAGGUAAUAUUCUUUUAGUAAAUGGUACAGCGUGUGGAGAGAUAAAAAUUACAGAUUUUGGUCUUUCCAAGAUCAUGGAUGAUGAUAGCUACAAUUCAGUGGAUGGCAUGGAGCUAACGUCACAAGGUGCUGGUACUUAUUGGUAUUUACCACCAGAGUGUUUUGUGGUUGGGAAAGAACCACCAAAGAUCUCCAAUAAAGUUGACGUCUGGUCAGUGGGGGUGAUCUUCUAUCAGUGUCUUUAUGGAAGGAAGCCUUUUGGCCAUAACCAGUCCCAGCAAGACAUUCUGCAAGAGAAUACUAUUCUUAAAGCUACUGAAGUGCAGUUCCCACCAAAGCCAGUAGUAACACCUGAAGCAAAGGCAUUUAUUCGGCGAUGCUUGGCCUACCGAAAGGAGGACCGCAUCGAUGUCCAGCAAUUGGCCUGUGACCCCUACUUGCUGCCUCACAUCCGAAAGUCGGUCUCCACAAGUAGCCCUGCUGGAGCUGCUAUUGCAUCAACCUCUGGGGCAUCCAAUAACAGUUCUUCAAAUUGAGACCGACUCUAAGGCCACAAACUGUUGAACACACACAAAGUGGACAAAUGGCAUUCAGCAGCGGGUUUGGAACAUAGCGAAUCCAAAUGGAUCUCAUGAAACCUGUACCAGGUGCUUUUAUUUUCUUGCUUUUUUCCCAUCCAUAGAGCAUGACAGCAUCGAUUCUCAUUGAGGAGAAACCUUGGGCAGCUCUGACCAGGCCUCAUAGGAAAAGGCCCCGCCCGAGGUUCCGGCGUCAAUGGCCACAGUGUGUGGCUGCUCUGAGUGAGGAAAAAAUUAAAAAAGAAAAACUGGUUCCAUGUACUGUGAACUUGAAAACAUGCAGACUCAGGGGGGUCCCUGAUGCAAUGCUUCAGAUGAAGAAUGUGGACUUGAAAAUACAGACUGGGCUAGUCCAGUGUCUAUAUUUAAACUUGUUCUUUUCUUUUAAUAAAGUUUAGGUAACAUCUCCUGAAAAGCUUGUAGCACAAAGGCUCAGCUGGGGAUGGUGUUUGACUUCGGAGGAAAAAAGUUGCUAUUGCCCGUUAAAGGCACUAGAGUUAGUGUUUUAUCCCUAAAUAAUUUCAAUUUUUAAAAACAUGCAGCUUCCCUCCCCCCUUUUUUAUUUUUGAAAGAAUACAUUUGGUCAUAAAGUGAAACCCGUAUUAGCAAGUACGUGGCAAUGUUCAUUCCAAUCAGAUGCAGCUUUCUCCUCCGUCUGGUCUCCUGCUUGCAAUUGCUUCCCUCAUCUCAGUAGGGAAAAAAUUGAGUGGGAGUACUGAGAUGUGUGGGUUUCUGCCAUUGGACAAAGAAUGAGGUUAGAAGACUGCAGCUUGGAGUCUCUCUAGGUUUUCAACUAUUUCUUCACAAUUUGAACACUUGACGGUUGUCCCUUUUAAUUUAUUUGAAGUGCUAUUUUUUUAAAUAAAGGUUCAUCUGUCCAUGCAGUCCUCUUGGAUUCUCUGAAUGUAGUAACUAUCGCAACUAUUCCAAAGGUAGGCAGAAAACGGGCUGGGGAGCCAGACGCUCCAGGGAGCUGGCGUUCCUACCCCAGUCUUUGUGUGCUUGCUAAACGGUGUACCUUUCCUGUUAACCGCAUUAUUAAAACUUGAUCAGCACAUAA